AUGGCACCAAUUCCAAAGUGUUAUACGUGCAACAAAAUAAUUACGAAAAAGGCGCCAUGUCUUGAGUGUAGUGUAUGUAAAAAAGUGGUUCAUGCUACUACACCUUGUGCAACUCUAACUACGAAACAGAUAAUCGCGCUACGAGCUCAAGUCAGCUUAGACUGGACAUGUAACGACUGCCUGAAAAAUCGUCCAAGACACAGGUCUUUUAUAGUACCAGAGGAGGAUUCUGAGGAGGAGGAAGGAGUACCAGCCAGCUAUUCACAACCCGUAGCUGAUACCCCAGGAUCCCAAACUACCUUGCAUAAUAUUGAUAUUAAAAAACUACUGAAGGAUAUCUCUAAAGAGGUUGAAAAAACAGUUGCAAAGGCGCUAGAGCCUUUGACUGACAAAAUGGAUGAAAUAUGCGAGAAUAUCGAAGUAUUUCAACAAAGAAUAAUUGAACUAGAAAGGAAAAACGCCUCACUUAUUAAAGCUAACAAAAAUAUGGUAACAAGACUGUGUGCAGUUGAACAGCGAGUCCAUGAACUUGAGCAAGGUCAGUUUAAAAAUCAUGUGGAGAUUUCUGGAUUACCGACCCUAGAAAAUGAAGAUCCUAUUCAAGUUGUGAGAAAUCUAGCAAAAAAGUUAAACGUAGAAGACCCAGGAGUGAUAACUGCCAAACGUGUAGGUAACUACGGAGAAAAAAACAGGACAUAUUCUAGUGAAGCUCAAGAAGGAAAAGCGUUGCUGUUGGCUGCAAAAAGCGCGAACUGUGAAACCAGUACUCGGAGAUCUGAUACCCAAGACUGA